GUUUAGAUUUGAAGGGAGUGGGGGUGGCGUGCAGAGAUGAAGAGAGCAAGGAUCCCAUGACGCUUCUCAGUGACAUCAGCGGCUAUGAAAGAAGCGCAAGAGGGAGAUGGGAGGUACCCAUCUUAUUAAAUUUGGUCAGAAGGUCCUAUUGGCAAGACAAGAUGCUGCUGCGCGACUGAGAGAAAGCGGUGCUUUGCGCGAGCGGAGCGCCUGAAUCACGGCAUCCCGUCAAAACUUCUUCUGCCUCAAGGACCAAACAAUUUUCUCCGUCACUUUCAGACUUCAGACGAUUAACGAGGAUCAUUUUAAUGCUGCAAAGACGUUUUGGUGAUACAUUUGGCUUUGUGCGCAAAGGUUGGAGAGCUUAAAAUUUACUUUGCGCUCUCAUUUUUCGGAGCGGCAUUGGCUCAGCAGGGUAUCCUUUUUGGUAACUAUUCUUUAUUUUGUAAAUUAUUCUUUACAAAUAUACCUUGAUGACAUUUUCCUAAAUAAAUCAGUAUAAAUGCGGAUGUAUAUCCAUUUUACGCAUCUCUCCAAACCAAAACGCACGGGGAGUGUCAACAUUUCCCCUGACCCGACCAGCUAUCUUCAAGCCGCCUCGCUGUAAAUUAUCCCUAAUUAGAUUAUUAAAGAUGAAAACCUCCCAUUUUUGGAGGACUAAAUAAUUAUUCAAAACAAAACAAAGUUUUCUGGGCUGUUUUUGCAGUACCGGUUGACGCAUCUCGCGUCAAGACAUGCUUAAUCUGUUUCUCUUUUUACAUUUUUUUUCAUGGGAAACUGCUUUAUGAAGUGGCAACGUUUUUUCCAUUUCACAUUUUUUAAAUAAAAUACUCGCUCUGCGUUUUGACGCACCUUCCUGGAUUGUUUGUGUUUCGUAAAAUGGACUUGGCCGAACCGACGCGGAGGGUGCAAGGAAGCAGUCAUUUGAAGACAGCGCAGUGACAAAAAAAGAGAAAAAAAACAACAACAUCCUGAGAGUGGUGACCCCAGUAUGGCGUCAGUUGUGGACAGCAGUUGCUCCAUGGAGCUAACGGGCUGGAACAGCAGUAAGAGCAGCUCCGGAGCCUCUGCCCCCUGCAACCAGAGCAUCCCAUCGUCUGCUCCUUACUCCCCUGAAGCCACGGCGGCUUUUGCCACGGCCAUAACUUUGAUGGUUAUCUUCACCAUUGUGGGAAACAUCAUGGUCAUCAUUGCUGUCCUGACCAGCCGGUCUCUCCGGGGUCCUCAGAAUCUGUUUCUGGUUUCACUGGCUGCUGCGGACAUCUUAGUGGCCACGCUCAUUAUCCCCUUCUCCCUCGCCAAUGAGCUCAUGGGCUAUUGGUACUUCAAGUCUCUGUGGUGUGAGAUCUACCUGGCACUGGAUGUGCUCUUCUGCACCUCAUCCAUCGUGCACCUGUGUGCCAUCUCUUUAGACCGUUACCUGUCAAUCUCCAGGGUUACUUACGGACGUCAACGGACUCCCAGACGCAUCAAAGCUGCCAUUGUGGUGGUGUGGCUCAUCUCUUCCGUCAUCUCUUUUCCUCCUCUGCUCUCACUCAACAAAAGUGAGAGCAACAAAUCUGGGAAUGAGAAGGGACCCCAGUGCCAACUGAAUGACGAGCGCUGGUACAUCCUGUACUCAACUGUGGGCUCCUUUUUUGCCCCAUGCCUCAUUAUGAUUCUAGUCUAUGUGAGAAUUUACCAAAUAGCAAAACAGAGGACACGAUGCCCCCCAGGUGAGCCCCGGAAGGACGGGAUUGGCAGUGCAACUCCAAGUCAGCCCCCAAGACAUUUGAAAGCCAAUGGGAAGGAUGAGGAUGAGGAUGACAGCACACCACCUUCAACCAAGAAAACCUCAAAUGUUAGGCCUCCAACCCUCGCCGUAACCCCUUCUCCGUCCCUUGGAGACUCUCAAAUUUCCCCAAAUCCCACUGCCAACAAUCUCCUGCAACCCCCAUCUCCUUCUUCAGCCCUGUCCCCUGUCACCUCUGUGGAAACCUCACCCCACGGUCCUUCAAACCCCUUCCCUGCACCCCAGUCUGGCCCCAUGACGAAGGAGGAAGCGAAGAAAGCUAAACGCCAGAAGGCGAAAAAGAAUGACAAUAAUAACGGUGAUAGCUCAAGCACAGACAGCGACAUGGAGCACAGCCAAGGAGGAGGUCGAGGCAGCACCAGCAUGCCGGGGUCGCCAGCUGGAGGCGGGAUCCACUCCCCAGCUUCUUUUAAGCGCAUCCUCGCUACUUCAAAGGGGGCUCGACUGGUACCAGGAAGAAAAUCCAAACCAGAGAGCAACCCUGGAGCAGCAAGGCGCAAAGCGAUGGUCAACAGAGAAAAACGUUUCACCUUCGUUCUGGCAGUGGUCAUCGGUGUUUUUGUGCUGUGCUGGUUCCCGUUCUUCUUCUCUUACUCUUUACAGGCAGUGUGUCCAGAGACCUGCAAUGUCCCUAAACCCCUCUUUACAUUUUUCUUCUGGAUUGGCUAUUGCAACUCCUCUCUCAACCCAGUCAUUUACACCAUCUUCAACAAAGACUUCAGGAAUGCCUUCAAGAAGAUCCUGUGCAGUGGCACAAAGGGCACCUUUUUUUAGGAGAUGCACAUAGAGAAACAAUCAUUUACAUUUCCCGCACACUCAAAGGGCUGUUUUUAACAUACGUUAAACUGUGGAGAUUUCUGCAUGAAAUCCACUCCUGAAAGAGUCUUUGCAGCCUGUGUGCAAAGUUACUCUUUGGACCUUAACAAAAUAUUCACUUGCAGCAGCUGAUGGGUGCAGAUUGUUGGCAGGUGUGAGAAGAAAACAGGCCACGUUAAGAGAGGACAAGCAGGGUAACUGCUUAGCAGUUCACUUCUACUGAUAAGAUUGUGAAUGCAGCGUUUUAUCUCCAUAUCAGCCUGACUAAUGAAUACUGCUUGGAAUCAAAGUGGCACAGCAUCACAGAGGAAAUGUAUGCACACUAUAAACUUGCAGAACAUCUACAAACAAGCAGGAAAAACAGUGAGAUUAUAUAUUUAAUGUGAAUAAAGACUUUUUAUAUAGAUGCAUAUGAUGUUUUUUUUUUAAAUCAGUUAGGACUAAUGGUUAAAGAAGGCAAGAGACCUCAGGUUUCUGUGAGCCUGAGGGCUUUUAUUUAUCAGCACAGAGCACAAAGAGGACACAAGGUUAGUGUUAAUUUCUUACGUCCGCAGUCUUAAUUUGUCCAGCUGCAGGGCAAACAUGUGUUCCUCGAUUUUAAAGUGCAACGACAAGAAAAGGUUUCUAACGAUCUUAGAUGUGAUAGCACAAACAAGGGCACCCUUUCAGACUCAACCCGUGGACUCUUGAGUGGAAAGCCACCUAGUUCUUAGCUCUGCAGGAGUAAAAAAAAAAAAAAGGAUCCUUUUUCUUUUUUGAACUGUAGACUUUAAACUGAUUAUUUGUAGAUUUUGUGAAAAGCUACAGAAAUGUAAUUGAUUUGUUGGAAUGAGACCCCCUCCCUCCUCUCCAUGGUUAGUUUGGGGCAUUUAACUGGCCCAAACUUCUCCUCCACAAAGUGGCUUCAUUUGAGGCGAUAAAAUAAUCGAAACUGGAUUGAGAAACUUUCCACAGCCCCGGUUCUUCUUGAUUGACAGUAUUAAUAGGUAGACAUCUACAUGGACUCUGAAGGACAGAUGAACAAUGGAACACUGGAUGUGUGAUGUAACUGGCUGAUUCACUCUCCUGAAUUGGACCUCCAUAUUGGGACUUCUUUUGGUUUGCUGCUGAGAGGCAAGAGGGGAUGCAUGGUACAUUCAAUUUUCUCACCAAGACAAAAAAAAAUAAAAAAUACGAAGAAA